GUGGCGCUCCAUUUAUGAUUUACCCUCCAAAACUCCAAAAUCCCAAAAUCAAGAAAUUCAUUUCUUGGCCCCAAAAAAUUUCAGUCUUCUCAAAUCUCUCCCGCCACUGCUGCUAGAGAGGGAACUGAAAUUCAAAUAAAGUCAAAAAAAAACUGAGACAUUUCUCCGGAUAUCUCUCCUUUGUCUGAGAUAAACGUAAUCUGAUUUUGUCUUCGAUUUGGUAACACUGCCGGAAAGCAGUAGCUGUAGUUAUGGCAGUUAUCUCUUCAGGUCCUGAAUUGAAAAGUGAAACAGUUGCUGCUACAGAGGAGAAGAAGAGUCGGUCUAAGUGUCCUGGAGUUCGCGUUAUUGGAGGAAGAAUAUAUGAUUCUCAGAAUGGGAAGACUUGUCACCAAUGCCGGCAAAAAACAAGGGAUUUUACUGCCGGGUGCAAGAAUCAGAAAGGAAACAAGCAAUGUUCUAUUAACUAUUGCCAUAAAUGCCUAGUGAACAGGUAUGGAGAGAAAGCGGAAGAGGUGGCACUACUUGAUGACUGGAAAUGUCCGAAGUGUAGGGGCAUUUGUAAUUGCAGCUUUUGUAGGAAGAAAAGUGGUCAUAAACCUACUGGUAUACUUGUUCGGACAGCCAAGGAAAAUGGGUUUUCCUCGGUCUCAGAACUGCUGCAGAUUAAAGGUCCUGAGAAUUUUGGUAUUGAUAGGAUUGCCAAAGAUGCAGAUGUUUCAUUGGUGAAACCUGCUUCUACUAAGGAUCCUACAAUUGCUUCACCUAGGAAACAUGGGAAAGAAAAUUCUUUUGAAGGAAACAAUGAUCUGAGUGUGCAUUCUCAAAAUUUAACACCAGUAUCUAACAGGAAUAAAUCUAGGAAAAAUAAAAAAUUACAGGAAGUUAAUAAGAGCAAUGGGGGUGAUGACGCUAACUUAGUGGGAAGUGGUCAGAAGAAACCUAGACAUUUUGAUGAAGUUUCUAAGAACAAAGAAAAGACGAACGAAGAGGAUGAAUUUGUUUUGGUAGAGAAAAGUAGGUAUGAGGCCCAGCCUCGAGAUGUUCCAAAGAAAGAAAUAUCAAUGAAUGGAAAAGCUGUAGGUAAUCUUGCGGAGCAAAAGAAGUCUAAGAAACAAACGCCAAAGGAGGUUGCUGUUUGUUGUACAACAAAUGAAGAGAGGAAUGACACCGAUUGCAAACAUGGAGUUUCAAAUGAUGUUAAAAAUGUUGAUCCCAAAAUCAAGAACAAGACGGCUUCAGAGUCAUGCAAAAUUAACAAGGAUAUUUUAGAGCCUCAGAAAAAACAAAUUGAUGAUAGCAUAUCAUUGCCUCCAGCCACCUCCUUAACUACUGUAGCGGGGAUUGAGUUACCUCAUGAAGCUGCUGGACAUGCAUUGCAAUUCUUCGAGUUUUGUGCUGCUUUUGGCGAGGUUCUUGAUGUCAAGAAAGGGCAGACUGAAGCUGUGAUUAGAGAAAUAAUAUUUGGCCGAAGAGGGCGCCGGUCACAAGGCUCGCUAUUAGCGCAGUUUCACAUCAAAUUAUUGUCUUUGAUACAAGAGGAUAUUGGAGAAGAGUCUGAAGCCCUAAGUUCAGCAAAUGGCAAAAAUUCCUGGUUGAAAGCACUUGGGAAAUUUUUCUGUAAGUGCAGAUUCAUAUCAACAGAAUUCCCCUCUGAUUGUUUUGAUAAGGGUAAUGAAGGAUACGAUAUGUUGAGUGCCUCACAAAAGUUUAAACUCUUGAAUUUUCUAUGUGAUGAAGCUCUUAAUACUGGAGAUUUGCGGAGUUGGAUUGAUGAUCAAAAUUCUAAAUUUGUUGAAAGAGGGAAGGAAGCAAAAGAAAAAGUUCUUGCUGCAAAGGAUAAGGAGAAACAAUUGAAACAGAAGGUGCAGGAUGAGGUUGCUAAAGCCAUCAUGGCCAAAAAUGGUGCUCAAUUCUCAGUUUCUGAGCAUGAAGCAAUAGUUUCUCAAAUUAAAAGAGAAGCUGCUCAAGCUCAUAAAGAAAUGUUGGAGGCUAUGGGAACGGUACCCAAGAAGAGACAAAGAUCUGAUGCUGUUAGAACAGAUCCUCUCCUUUUAGAUGAAAAUGGUCAUGCUUUUUGGAGACUAAAAGGCUACAAUGAUAAACCAGAUAUCUUGCUUCAAGAUAUGGGGAGCUGGACUUCAAUUGUACCUGAGGACAAAUGGUUUGUCUAUGAUGCUGAACAGAAACAAGGAAUUGAGAAAUACAUCUCCUCCUUAAGGACAAAAAGGCUUAGGAUUCAAAAAGUUACAGAUAGCACGCUGCAGGAAAAAAACUCAUAGGGUUAUUUUGUUGAUAAUUUACCAUCUUUGUCUGUGCAAUUUAGAUCAAGGAGAAAAUUCUGAGAUUUUUUGUUACUAAAUGGUUGACAAUGGCAUCAUGCAACUUGGUCUCAUACAAAAUUUCCAUUAUCAAGUAAUUGACAUUUUGCAGAUAUUCAUUUUGUUGUGUGCUUCAAAAAUGGUGAAUUUUCACCUUUAUGGAGCACCUAUUUACAUUGUUGUGCUUGAGCCUCCCUGUAAAGGUCAUAACCCUUGUAUAAAUGUACAACAUCAUUAGAGGAAACAAUUUAGAUACAAGGUUUCCCUCUUUUGAUAAGCUCAUUAUAUUCACAUAUUCUGAUCAAUGUUGUACAGCCAAUAUAACUAAUUAGAGAGCUUUUUUCCUUUUAUAUUUAA